GGCGGGGAGAGUGUCAGCGCCGGAGGGCAGAAGGGGCGGGGAAUGGGGAGCCGCGCGAGCGUGAGGGGAGAGCGCCUCGAGGAGCGGACGCAAGGAGAGGAAGCGGGAAACAACAAAGCUGCCAACAUGAGUCGGAGCCCUCGUCAACCGCAGGAGGAGCUUACCCAAGCAGACAUCUGUGGGAUGCUGCGAGAAGAGCUGUGCCAGGGGAAUGACUUCCUCAAGUCAUAUACCCACAUCUUCAUCAUCUUGGGGGCUUCGGGUGAUCUAGCCAAGAAGAAGAUCUAUCCCACCAUCUGGUGGCUAUACCGUGAUGGGCUGCUCCCCGAUGACACAUACGUGGUAGGAUAUGCCCGAUCCCAACUGACAGUUGCCGACAUCCGCAAGCAGAGCCAACCCUACCUCAAGGCCACCCCCGAAGAAGAGCAGAAACUGAAUGAUUUUUUUGCCCGCAACUCAUACAUCUCAGGAAAGUAUGAUGACCGGGCCUCCUUUGAACGGCUCAAUGCUCAUCUGAAUGCCCUUCACAAUGGGGCUAAGGCAAAUCGUCUCUUCUACUUGGCCCUGCCGCCCAGCGUCUAUGAGCAUGUCACCGCCAACAUCCGACACACCUGCAUGAGCGCUGUUGGCUGGAAUCGUGUCAUUGUGGAGAAGCCUUUUGGCAAAGACUUGGAGAGCUCCAACAAGCUGUCAAAUCACAUCUCAGGACUUUUUAGGGAAGACCAGAUUUACCGCAUUGACCACUACCUGGGCAAGGAGAUGGUGCAGAACCUGAUGGUGCUCAGGUUUGGGAACCGGAUCUUUGGCCCUAUCUGGAACCGUGACAAUGUGGCCUGUGUCAUCCUGACUUUCAAAGAGCCAUUUGGCACUGAGGGUCGGGGUGGCUAUUUUGAUGAGUUUGGCAUCAUCAGGGAUGUAAUGCAGAAUCACCUUCUUCAAAUGCUGUGCUUGGUAGCCAUGGAGAAACCAGCCUCUACGAACUCCGAUGAUGUGCGUGAUGAAAAGGUGAAGGUUCUCAAGUGUAUCUCAGAAGCAAAGCCUGAGAAUGUGGUGCUUGGGCAGUAUGUGGGGGAUCCAUCUGGCAAGGGGGAGGCUCAGAAGGGCUAUCUAGAUGACCCCACUGUCCCAGCUGGUUCCACCACCCCUACUUUUGCUGCUGCAGUGCUCUAUGUGGACAACGAAAGGUGGGAUGGAGUGCCAUUUGUCUUGCGCUGUGGCAAGGCACUAAAUGAGCGCAAGGCAGAGGUGCGCCUUCAGUUUCGGGAGGUGCCGGGUGACAUCUUCCAGCGCCAGUGUAAACGCAAUGAGCUGGUGAUUCGGGUUCAGCCCAAUGAAGCUGUCUACACUAAGAUGAUGACCAAGAAGCCUGGGAUGUUCUUCAACCCAGAAGAGUCUGAGCUGGACCUCACUUAUGGCAAUCGCUACAAGGGUGUAAAGCUUCCUGAUGCUUAUGAGCGCCUCAUCUUGGAUGUUUUCUGUGGAAGCCAGAUGCAUUUUGUGCGCAGUGAUGAGCUGCGCGAGGCCUGGCGUAUUUUCACUCCACUGCUCCACAAGAUUGAGACAGAGAAAACCAAACCCAUUUCUUAUCGCUACGGCAGCCGUGGGCCCACAGAAGCUGAUGAGCUGAUGAAGGAGGUUGGAUUCCAGUAUGAAGGCACUUACCGCUGGGUCAACCCUCACAAACUGUGAAGGCAGCCGGCAGGGGUGGUCUCGCUUAGGGUGGUGACACUUCCUUUCUUCUGCUCCACUCCUUUCUGCAAAAGCCAAAAUGGUUCUGCCAGCCAGUGGGCUGUCCUGCGGAUCACAUCUGCAAAGUGGGUCUUUCGUCCUACUGAGUACCUACUGAGUGUUGGCUCCAGUGCACUCCCCAGUAUCGCUUGGGUUUCUUUGUGGGUGGUGAGGGCUGGCUGCCAGCCAUCUCCUUUCUCCUCCUCAUGGACCUUGAACACGGCAGGUACCUCCGUUGUCCAGUGUCUCCUACAGAACUGGCAACAAGUGGACCAGAUGCCCCAUUCCAGCCUCUGCUUCUCUAAGGAGUGUGGAGACGGGUUCCUCUCAGACCCACACCGGUUUUCCCAGCCGCUCUGUCAAUUGCACUAGUUCUGCUGUUGCUGCAUUUACUUGUUACAUUCCUGUUUGUUCUGCUUUUCAAUUUUGUACGCAAUGCUGUUCUGUAAAUGGAAACAUUUACCAAUA